GCCGACCACACAGAUGGCCUAUCCACCACCGACGGCGCCACCGACGCCGAUGCGCCACCUGCACGACAACGACGACGACGAUCGCCACGGUCGUAGCCCGGUUGCGUCCGACCACUACGAGGUCGAGACGCCCCGCGACGACAUCCAGAGCAUGGUCACGGUGGUCGUUGACGGGUCGCCACCGGCGGCGCCGGCGCCGGCCCACUCGCUCUCGUACCGGCCCGACAUUGACGGUCUCCGCGCGCUCGCUGUGAUCCCGGUCGUCGUCUUCCACGCGUAUCCCACGAGCAUUCCGGGCGGCUUUAUCGGUGUCGACAUCUUCUUUGUCAUUUCCGGGUACCUCAUCUCGGGCAUCCUCUUCAAGGAGACGCGCCAAGGCAAGUUUACGUACGCCAACUUUUACAGCCGGCGUAUCCGGCGCAUCUUCCCAGGUUUGAUCCUCGUGCUCACGUUCACGAUCGUCGCCGGGUGCUUCUGGUACCUGGAGGACGCGCUUGUGAGCAUGGCCAAGACGCUCACGGCCGGCGCCGUCUUUGGCGCCAACAUUCAAGUGCUCUUCCUCAAGCAAACGUACUUUUCAUCGAGCGUCAAAGAAGACCCGCUCUUGCACCUCUGGUCGCUCGGUGUCGAAGAGCAAUUCUACAUCUUUUGGCCGUUCGUGGUCGCGUUGCUGGCCAAGCUCCCGGCCAAGGCCGCGGUCGCCGGCCAAGUCCUCAUCUUGGUUGCGAGUUUUGCGCUCAACAUCUCGCUGCUCGGCUACGACGGCAACAACAACUGGUCGUUUUACUUUCCUUUUUGCCGCUUCUGGCAAAUGGCCAUGGGCGGUCUCCUCGCCUACAUGAGCUUGGACCCGUCCGUGCCCCGCCUCUCGUCAGUCUCGCCGCUCGGUGCAACCGCAGUCUGCGCCGUCGGCUUUGCCCUCAUCAUCGUCGGCUUUGUGUGCAUUGACGAAUCGAUGGCCUUUCCUGGGUGGUGGUCGCUCCUCCCGACCGUCGGCGCCGCGCUCUUGAUCCUCUCGGGCCCUGACACGCUGCUGCACAAGUGGACGCUCUCGCUGCGCCCGGCGGUCUUUAUCGGGCACAUUAGCUACGCGCUGUAUCUCUGGCACUGGCCGCUGCUUGUGUACGCCAAGGCUCGCUUUCCCAAUGACGCGCUGCGCCCGUGGUAUCAGUCGCCGUACAUGAUGAUCGUCUACUCGGUCGCUGCGAGUGUGCUUACCUUGUAUGGCGUCGAGAACCUGCUGCGACGCCGCAAGCACAAGCUUGUCGUGCCAGGUCUCUCGCUCUGCAUGGUCAUCCUCUUGGCGCUCGGUCUGUGCAUGACGCACUAUCCGACGACGUUCUCGGUGCUGUCGCAGCCCAAGCCGAUCUCAUCGGGUCCGAUUCUGACGCCGGUUGCGACGCACACCAACGGGUCGGCGGCAGAAGUGCCCAACAUGAGCAAGCCGCCCAUGUACGAGUCGCCGACGGUCGCCAAGAUUCUCGCAGCCAAGGGCGACUACCAGCCGGACGGGCCAGAGUUUCACACGGUCGAUGCCGGGUCGCCGUAUAUUCCGACAUCGGAGAAUAUGAUUUUGAACAUGGGCCAGAAGGACAACCUCGUGAUCGUCUUUGGCGACUCGCACGGGCAUAUGCUCAAGCCGCGCUUCUCGUACCUCUACCACCAAGCCGUCACCAAGUCGGCGCCAUUUCCCACCAUUGUGUUCAAGACGCGGAACGGCACGCCGCCGCUCGCGUGCACCCCGGGGCACGCCGACGUCGUCGACAUGAUCAAGCAGGUCAAGCCCAAGGCAGUCUUUUACGCGACCGACUGGCCGCAGUGGAUUCGCCCGAACGCCGGUGCGGCCGACCACGGUACUUCGCCGCAGUGCUGCACCGCCGGCUACGUCGACGCGUGCACCAACCAGAGCCCCAAGGACGCCAAGCAGCUCAUUGCGACCUUCCAGAGCGAGCUCGCUGCUUUCACCGCCCUUGGUAUCAAGGUGUUUGUGGCGACGUUGAACCCGGAAGGCCCGGCGUUCAACUUUGCCAACAUGCUCAAUGGCAACAGCGUCGGUGCGGUGUCGCCCGUGAGCAAGUCGGCGUACAAGGCCGCGCACGCCGACCUCAUUGCGAUGGUCGAAGGUGCGGUCAAGGCCGUGAACGGCACCAUCAUCGACUACACCGACAACCAGUGCUGGAAGGACGACUGCAACGUCGUUUCGAACGUCGGCGAGCCGCUCAUGCGCGACAACGACCACUUUCGCCCGGCGUACGUGGCGAGCUACCUCUCGGUCGUCGACCAAGUCGCGAUCGCCGGUCUUGGCAACACGACUUCGGUCAAGACGAUGUAGAGCAUUGUCCGUAUUUAGUUAUGCUGUAUGAAAAAUGUCAUAUUCUUUUCGUUUCAAAUGGUG